UGCGAAAGUGGCCGAAAGCCGAAAGUCACUUCUCGGCCUCAUGGGCGAUGGGGCGCGUGUGUUGUGGCAGAGCCGCUGGCUGCUAGGCUUCUUCCUGUUUUCUCUGGGCUGCGCUGUGGGGCUGCGCCUGGAGCGUGCCUUGCGGGAGCGCCUGGCCUUUGCGGACCAUCCCGAUUUCCGGGAGCUCGCGCGGAAGAUCCCGAACUACGAUCAUGUGUGGUUUGCCUGGAAUCUGGUGGACACCAACACCUACGGCAGCUGGCUGCUCUCCCAGGAGCGGCGUUACCCGAUCAACCAGUUCGGGCUGCACAUCCUGGCGCGGAACACUUCCUGGCAGGCGCUCUGCGUCAUGGAUUCCGAUGGCGACGGACUGAGCAACGGGGAGGAGCUGGGGGACCCCUGCUGCCGCUGGGCCCCGAAGGCUUUGGGGGACUUCCAGGUGGACCAGAACUUCGAGUACAGGCGCUGGAUGAUUUCGCACCCAGCCCACCCUACCGCACGGGCCGAUGCCCACUCCCACCCCACGUCCUGCGCAGAGGACUAUGAUGCGGAUCAGUACGAGAAGGCAUUUCGAGCCUUUUAUUUUGACCGUCUACAGGGGAGUGAGGCAGUGGACUGGAAUUUGACCGCGCUGAUGAAGCUCAGCGCCUUUGCGGUCCUGGUGGUGCAGUUGGCCCUGUGGCUGGUCUAUGGCGGUUUGCUCGCGGACCUGACGCCCACGGCUGGCUCGCCGCUGUCCCUAGGCACGCGGGCUCUGCUUGUGGCGCUGUGCUUUGUGUACAUGGACUUCUGUUCUGGGGUCAUCCACUUGAUCCUGGACUACGCUCCCACCUUCUUGCCGGUGCUAGGAGGCCUCGCGGGGGGCUUCCGAUACCACCACGAGGACCCCACGGCCAUUCUGCGCAUCAGUUGGUUCGAGUACGCCUCUCACACCCAUUUGCUCUGUGCGGUGGUCCUGCUGGCCUUGAGGCUGGCGCCCAGCUCCAGGGGCUUGCGCUUCUUCUGGGUCUGGGGCAUCGUGUGGAGCCACGUGUUUCAGUCGGCGCACCGCUGGGCGCAUUGGCCCCCCGACGCGCUGCCGGGCCCCGUGCGGGCGCUGCAGACGGCCGGCCUCGUGCUGACCCAUAGCCGCCAUAUGCAGCACCACCAGGACUUGGAGAAGCAAUUCAGCAUCCUGUCAGGCUGUGCCGACUGCGUCUUAGACCGCCUGGUGCGGAUUGUGCCUGCGGCACGCUAUGACCUGUGGUGCGUGUUUGGGGUGCUCUGGUUCUUUCUGCCCAGUUUUCUGGACCUGUACCUCCGCUCGCUUUCGAGCUCGAGCGACGCGAGCUUAGACGGCCAGCCGCGGCCCAGCUGGACCAAAACCUCGGUGAAGGACUGCGUGUGAGUCGAUCCAAGCCACCCCCGCCCCCCCGGAAAAUAUCGCUGCACGAAAGCGAA